AUGGCAGACGUGAAAUUACGGAGUCCGUUGGAAUUAUUUGCUCGUGAUGAUGACAAGGUGACGAAAUACAGGCAUAAAAAACGAGUGGGUGACUACCUGAUUGGACGAUGCAUCGGUAAGGGAUCUUUUGCCACCGUCUACGAGGCCAUGCACGUGCCGACGGGAGAGAAGGUAAGUCGGCCCUAG